AUGGCGCACCAGCCAAACCACCCGUCGCUUCUGGACUUCGACGAGGACGAAAGAACAUAUGGCAAUCCAGGCCGACCGCCUCCGAUAUCUGACGCUCAAUAUAUGGCCACCCAUAACAUCCAAGAUGAUGAUAUCUACGCUCCGAGUAACACUGCAUCCGGGUAUUCGCAGCCCGGAUUUUCGUCGCAGCAGCAGCAGCAGCAGCAGCCUGGCUAUGACCAACGUCCACCUCAGUUAGGGCAACAUCGCACUUUCUCCCAAACAUCAGGCCUUCAAAACUACGAGCGUUAUUAUGACGAAUCGAUACUUCCAGACGAUGAAUCGACGGCAGAGUUCCAUUAUGGUGCCCACGAAAGUAACAACAAAGGCCAGAAACGUAAUAGAAAUAGUGUCCUGAGUAUGGGAGGUGGUCUCAUGGGUAGGGUAAAAACCGCCAUAGGGAUGGGCCCCCAGUAUAGCGAAAUGGAUCUACCUCUUACUGAGAGGGGCCAGACCGCUGCUGGGGGUUCAUCCGGAGGUGGAGGUCAACCACCAAAGAAGAGCGAUAGUGGUGGUAAAUUCAAGUUCGGCUUUGGUAAGAACAAGGUCGACCCUUCGACAUUAGGACCCCGUAUGAUCCACAUCAACAACCCGCCUGCAAACGCCCUCAGUAAAUUCCUCGAUAACCAUGUCUCUACCGCCAAAUACAACGUUGCUACCUUCCUUCCUAAGUUUUUAUACGAGCAGUUCUCGAAAUAUGCCAAUUUAUUCUUCUUGUUUACCGCAAUUAUGCAACAAAUUCCCAACAUUUCUCCAACUAACAGAUAUACAACAAUCGUCCCAUUAAUCCUUGUGCUUAUAGUAUCAGCAGUGAAGGAAUUAGUAGAGGACUUUAAGAGACGGACUCAGGAUAGAGAACUCAAUCAGUCGAAAACCCAGGUACUCCAUGGAACAACUUUCGAAGAAACAAAGUGGUUAAACGUGAAAGUUGGGGAUAUUGUACGCGUUGAAUCUGAGGAACCCUUUCCGGCCGAUAUAGUACUCCUUGCCUCGUCCGAACCCGAAGGUUUGUGUUAUAUCGAAACAGCCAACUUGGAUGGAGAAACAAACUUGAAAAUCAAGCAAGCAGUCCCGGAGACUUCCCAUCUCGUCAGCCCUGGUGAAUUAAGUAGAUUGUCAGGAAAAGUUAAGUCGGAGCAACCGAACAGCAGCUUGUACACCUAUGAAGCCACAAUCACCAUGUCCAUGGGAGGGGCUGAGAAGGAGUAUCCCUUGAGCCCUGAGCAACUCCUCCUGAGAGGUGCAACUUUGAGGAAUACACCUUGGGUUCAUGGUUUUGUGGUGUUCACAGGUCACGAAACCAAGCUUAUGAGGAACGCCACUGCAACCCCGAUUAAGAGAACAAAUGUGGAACGCCUCCUGAACAAGCAGAUUCUCAUGUUGGUUGGUAUUCUUUUGGUCUUGUCCCUCGUUUCUUCGGCUGGUGAUGUUAUCAAGCUCGCCACACAACUGAAUCAGGUUCCAUAUCUCUUUCUUAAGGAUAUCGGCCUUGCGGCCCAGUUUUUCAAGGAUAUAUUGACAUAUUGGGUCUUGUAUUCUAAUCUUGUGCCCAUCUCUCUUUUCGUGACAGUCGAACUGGUAAAAUAUUUUCAAGCUUUCCUCAUCAACUCGGAUCUUGAUAUCUACUAUGCGGAGACAGAUACUCCGGCAGUUUGUAGAACCUCUAGUUUGGUUGAAGAGCUUGGUCAAAUUGAAUACAUCUUUUCUGACAAAACGGGUACACUGACUUGUAACCAAAUGGAGUUCCGACAAUGUUCAAUUGCUGGUGUCUGUUAUGGUGAUGAGGUUCCGGAAGAUAAACGUGCAACGGUACAGGAUGGCGUUGAAAUCGGUGUCCACGAUUUUAAGCGACUGAAGGAGAACCUGAACAGCCAUCCUACCCGCGAGAUUAUGCAUCACUUCUUGGUUUUGUUGGGAGUCUGCCACACUGUUAUUCCAGAGCGAAAUGACGAAAAGCCCACGGAAAUCAAGUAUCAGGCUGCGUCGCCCGAUGAGGGAGCCUUGGUUGAGGGAGCUGUGCAGUUAGGAUAUCAGUUUGUUUCUCGAAAACCCCGUUCCGUAACCAUUUCUGUCAACGGAAGAUUGGAAGAUUACGAAUUACUCAAUGUCUGCGAAUUCAACUCCACACGAAAAAGGAUGUCUACAAUUUUCCGCUGUCCUGAUGGAAAGAUCAGGAUCUAUACCAAGGGAGCUGAUACCGUUAUUUUGGAACGUUUGGCAAAGGACAACCCGACCGUCGAUGUUACUCUGACCCAUUUGGAAGACUACGCGACUGACGGUCUCCGAACUCUAUGUCUUGCCAUGCGCGAGAUUCCCGAAUCUGAAUAUCAGCAAUGGUCUAAAAUUUUUGACAAGGCUGCUACCACUAUCAACAACCGUGGAGAUGAACUUGACAAGGCUGCCGAACUCAUUGAAAAGGAAUUGUUCUUGCUUGGAGCUACCGCUAUUGAAGAUAGGCUUCAGGACGGCGUACCGGAAACGAUCCACACACUUCAAACCGCUGGUAUCAAGGUCUGGGUCUUGACUGGCGAUCGGCAGGAAACCGCUAUCAACAUUGGAAUGAGUUGUAAACUUAUUAGCGAGGACAUGACGCUCAUCAUCAUCAACGAAGAAAGUUUCGACGCUACUCGGGAUAACCUUACUAAAAAGUUGGCAGCCAUACGAAGUCAGAAGGAUGCUAGUCUGGAAAUCGAAACCCUUGCUUUGGUCAUUGACGGGCGAUCUCUUACAUACGCCCUUGAGAAGGAGCUUGAAAAGACGUUCCUUGACAUCGCUGUUAUGUGUAAAGCUGUUAUUUGCUGUCGUGUGUCUCCCCUACAGAAAGCUCUUGUUGUGAAACUCGUCAAGAAACAUCUCAAGGCAAUUCUUCUUGCCAUUGGUGACGGUGCCAACGAUGUGUCCAUGAUUCAAGCUGCCCACGUUGGUGUUGGUAUUAGCGGUGUUGAAGGUCUCCAAGCCGCGCGAAGUGCCGACGUCUCGAUUGGUCAAUUCAGGUACUUGAGGAAACUGUUACUUGUUCACGGUGCAUGGAGUUACUCUCGUAUCAGUCGUGUCAUCUUGUAUUCCUUUUACAAGAACAUCACUCUCUUCAUGACACAGUUUUGGUAUGCCUUCAGAAAUCGAUUCUCCGGUCAGGUCAUCUACGAAUCAUGGACGCUCUCGUUCUACAACGUGUUGUUCACCGUAUUACCGCCGCUCGCGAUGGGUGUCUUCGAUCAGUUCCUUAGUGCGAGAUUAUUAGACAGGUAUCCUCAGAUGUACCAACUUGGUCAGAAGGGUUAUUUCUUCAAAAUGAGCAGUUUUUGGUCGUGGUUGGUGAACGGAUUUUACCAUUCGUUGCUUCUAUAUAUCGUCUCCGAGUUUGUAUUCCAAUGGGAUCUUCCACAGAGUGAUGGAAGAGUCGCCGGCCAUUGGGUUUGGGGUACCACAAAUUAUACCGCAGCGCUCACAAUCGCUCUUGGCAAGGCCGCGCUCAUCACGAAUAUUUGGACAAAAUACCAUGUUAUCGCCAUUCCCGGUUCCUUAUUGAUUUGGCUGGCUUUCCUGCCAGCUUAUGCCACCGUGGCACCGAUGCUCCACUUCUCUACCGAGUUCACAGGUAUCAUUGCCAGACUCUAUACGUCGCCUGUUUUCUGGCUAUUCGCGUUUGUGAUGGUACCCCUCUGUCUUAUCAGAGACUUUGCUUGGAAAUAUGCCAAGCGAAUGUACUUCCCUCAAACCUACCAUUAUGUCCAGGAGAUCCAAAAAUACAAUAUUCAAGAUUACAGACCAAGAAUGGAACAAUUCCAGAAAGCCAUUCGAAAAGUUCGACAAGUCCAGCGCAUGCGCAAACAACGUGGUUAUGCCUUUUCGCAGGCCGAUGAGGGUCAAUCACGUUUAAUUCAAGCUUACGAUACAACGAAGGAGCGUGGCAAGUGGGGAGAAAUGAAAAGUGUACGAAAGUCAUGA